AUGGCGUCAGCGGAGGACGAAAGACCAGUAAAACGUGCUCGUCAGGCCUGUGAGCCGUGCCGCCGGAAGAAGUCGCGGUGCCCAGGAGAAAAACCGAAUUGCUCAUACUGCGAGCGGCUGGGUCAACAGUGCGUGUAUGCGGGCAAUGAGUCUGGAGAGGAAGUAUCAUGGCAAUCACAGAAGAUGAUGGAACAACGCAUUUCCGGAAUUGAGGGGAAACUAGAGCAAUUGAUGGAAUAUAUCAAGCGACCUGCCUCUAAUCACCCCUUGGCGCCAAUUGUCCCUGAGAAACACCCCCAGAUACCAGAGCUUACACCUCUGGAGAGCUCUUCUAUAGCUGGAUCGUCCGGGAUCCCGGAUGCUGAGCUUUAUCUAACCUUUUGUAACGCGCAGCCCCUUUUAUUAUUCCCACACAGGUCCUCUCUGGCCUCGUUGGGGAAGCGGGACCCCGAGCUUUUACUCGCAAUUGAAGCUCUCGGUGCUCGCUUCAAAGGAAUAGGGGCCAUUGACCAAGACAUACAAUCGGAGGUGAAAAGAAAAACAGGAAGAGCCUGUCAGAUGGUCAUGAUGCGUUUGGCAUCCGGCACUGUGGAGCUAUCUACGAUUCAGACACUUUGUCUUCUAACGGGUCAUAUCAUUCGAGCAGGGUCUUAUACUAGACUCGCCACAUAUUUCAUGAAAAACCUCAGAAUAAGUGGCCUGGAGUCUUUAAACAACUUGGAAACUGAACGUGAUGAGCGCAAGCUCUGCUACAUAAGCCUCGUCAUGCUCAAAAACCUCCAAGGGUCUCUACAUCCACCUGGAGACAGCUUGGACUUACUUGCAGAGCCUGGUGAAAUCGUCUCUCCAUUGGGUGCCAUGAUUUCCAACAAAGACAUUAGCCGUGGUAACAGCGGUGUCUCAAAACCGGACAUUGGUAUCAUUGGUAGUAGUGUUUACACAAGCGAGCUAUGGGCGAUGUCAUGUAAUUAUGCCGCCAGCCAUGUCGGCGUUGACGCUCAUCCCCCGUGGUCUCCGAACUCUGAUUACUCCAUGAUCAAUUUCCGACACUGUGAGCACGAGAGUCUCAUGCCACUCAGGUUCCGACUGCAUGCAAGUCGCUUCCAAGAUCAUCCAGCCGCCGAGCUUCAGGCUCGCCGUGACUACUGGAGCCCAUGGCUAUUCUUCCAGCUCGUUUGGCACGCAGUUCCCUGUUUGGUAAACCAUCCGUUCCUGUUAUCUAUGCGACUUCGGAACUUCCGGAGGACAAUGCCUCAGUCAUUCCUCCGAAAUUCUUUCGAGCAGCUGACCUUCCACUCGGGUUGGGUUGUUCAUUUUCUCGAGCUUAUCGAGGCGAAGAACUUCGAGGUCCAACAACUGCAACAACUCCGGGAUAGCGUUUCUCCUGGAGGCCUUAUGACAGACAACAUCGCUCCGGGAGGAACCAAUUCUCGCCAGAAGUGCGACAUCUUCGGCCCGGAACUUGCCAAAGACAGUGUCGGAUGCUCAGGGGACCUUUCCGCUGGUGCUAUCACCGAACGUGAUUUUGCUUUGAUUGGAUCUGCUGGGAUCUCAGGCCACAAGACAGUGGCCGCCGAGUGUGUCACCUACCCACCUGAGCAAAAUGAGGAUCCCAUACAAGCGCCGAGUCAAACCUCUCAAACCUCACCGCGGAUGGACUUUUCGGGGAUUUCAGGAGAUCCUAGUAUGGAGUUUGGUGGUGGUGACACGUUAUUCCUCCAGCUACAAGAUUACGGCAGAGCAUUUGAAGACUGGCUAAGCGUUAAUCCGACUUCCACAGGCGAGCUCAAAAUGACCACAUCUAAGACAGACUCAAUUCUGAUCGUGGGCGCUGGCGUCUUCGGUCUUUCGACCGCUCUUGAACUCAACAAGCGCGGAUAUACGGAUAUCACCGUUGUCGAUCGAUUUGUUCCACCAUCAGCAGAUGGAAGCAGCGUUGACAUUUCGCGCAUUAUUCGCGCCGACUACGCGGAUCCAAUCUAUUCCCAAAUGGCCAGGGAGGCAUACAAUGGAUGGACUACCGAGUACAAAGACCAAUACUUCGAAUCAGGAUUUGCCUUGUUCUCGGAAACGCCUAAGAACGACUACAUGGAGAAGUCCAAGGCUAUAAUCCGGGCGGCAGGCGGCAAAGUAGACGAUCUCGACGAUGCCAUGGAUAUCCGCAAACUCUACCCCAGUGUACAGGCUGAUUUCUCUGGCAUGAAUGGAUAUCACAAUCCGAGAGGUGGCUGGGCCGAUGCCGCAGGCAGCAUUCAGAAGCUGGCUUCCAAGUGUACUGUGGCGGGUGUUUCGAUAAUUGCCGGGCCUCGCGGCACUGUUCUUUCCCUCCGUCGGGCGGGCUCGCGCGUUGUUGGUGUCAACCUUGUUGGAGGGCAGGUAUUACUUGCUUCACAGGUGAUCUUGAGCACUGGGGCGUGGACUAACCGUCUUUUGAACAUGGGCCAUGCGGCAUCUUCCUCUGGCCAGCCUGUUGGUUUCAUUCAGUUGACCGAAGAGGAGGCUCUCGAGAUGAGAAAGAUCCCUGUCAUGAUCAACAUGAGCUCCGGCGUGUUCUCCUUCCCUCCUACACCGGACACAAAUGUUCUCAAGCUUGCGCGCCACGGUUAUGGGUAUGCGACAGACAUCAGUGUCAAUGUGGAUGGUGUUCAGAAGACACUUUCUUCGCCGAAGUUCGAAACCAGCAAUGCGGCCACUGGAUAUCUGCCUGAUGACGCGGAUGAGUCGUUGCGAAAGGGGUUGCGUCAGUUCUUCCCCAAGCUGGGCGACCGUCCUUGGAUGAACCGUCGCCUGUGCUGGUACACGGAUACCCCCAAUGGAGACUUCAUUAUCGAUCACCACCCAACCAUACAGGGGCUGUUCAUGGCUACUGGUGGUGCAGGACAUGGAUUCAAAUUCCUCCCUAUCUUGGGCCAAUAUAUCGCAGAUUGUUUUGAGAACAAAGCACCCGAAGCUUUGCGUCAAAAGUGGAGGAUGAACCCUCCCCGGGAUGAUUCAAACGGGCCUAUGGCGGGCGAUGGAAGCAGAGCAGGGCCCCCGUUGAGGAAGCUGAGUCCACUCGAACAGGCCAAGCUGUAA